GUGGAACCAAUUCACAACCUCUCCAACUACCAGGACACCCUCAGCUUCUCUAGCAGGACGACAAGAGUCCCAAGAUGAAGGUGGUGUUCCUGACCCUCCUCUUUGGUCUGCUUUGUGGGGCCCAGGAAACUCCAGCUGAAAUAGACCCCUCAAAGGUCACAGGAGAGUGGCGCACCAUUUAUGUGGCCGCGGAUAACAAGGAGAAGAUUGUGGAAGGGGGCCCACUGAGGUGUUAUAAUCGUCAGAUUGAAUGCAAAAAUGACUGCGAAUACCUCUUCAUUUCAUUUUAUGUCAAAUUUGACGGCAGAUGCCAGUUUUUCUCGGAAGAGCUAAAGAGACAAGAAGGAGGUAUUUACAUCAUAGAAUUCGCAGGUACAAAUUAUUUGCAAAUCAUUCAUGUAACAGACAACAUGCUGGUAUUAUAUUUUGAAAACCACGAUGGACAGAAGAUCACAAAAAUAACUGAAGGUUGCGCCAGAGGAACCAGUUUCACUCAAGAAGAACUUCAGAAGUAUCAGGAGCUGAACAGUGAAAGGGGGAUUCCAAAUGAAAAUAUUGACAAUGUCAUCGAAACAGACAACUGUCCUCCAUAAGAACAGAGAACAUCAGUUUGAAAAACAUGAAGUAACAAUGCAAGCAGCAUCAAAGCCCUCAUGUGUCCUAAUCAUCCAGAUGAAGAUAGGAGACCUUUUCCUUGAAAUCAUCAUUGCUUCUAUCCCAGGAAAUCAUGACCCUGAACCCAAGGCUUUCCCACUAUGAAUAUCCUCUGCUCUAGCUGAUGUGACUGAACUGUUCAAUAAAUUGAUUAAUGCACA